GAGUUUGGGACAAGAUGGAUGUACAGUAUCUCAAGGAAUGCCUCGGGCAAUGCUUAGUCGAGGGACUUGCUCAAGUUGCAGAACGUCAGCCGGCGGACCCCAUCAAUUUCCUGGCGUGCUGGAUUUACAGAUACAAGAUAAAUUUAAAUGAAGAAGAAAAGCGGAAAACAGAGAGGGUCCAACUGGAAUGGGAACGGAAAGAAGCCCUGGCAGAACUAGAGAGGAUAGAAAGGCUGAAAGCAGAAGAACUCCGGACAGCCCAGAAAUAUAAACAACAGCAAAAGGCCUUUACGGAGCAAUCUCCCGAGAAAAAGGCGACUAUCGACUUACCCGAGAAGUGUGGAGCACCAAAUUUGCCUACUGUGGUGGAAAUCGACGAGAGCCAUUUAAACGAGAAAAGGGAAGAAGGGAAAGAUGGGAACCUUCCAGGAGAAAAUGAAACAACUGAAUUCAAGCAAGAGGCAUUGGCAGGUGUACUGGAUCCAGGUGAAUUAAACAUCGCAAAGAAUGAAUUGCAGGAGACGCUUCAGGGGGUAAGUGACACUGUAACUCUCCAGGAAGCCCUGACCGAUCCCAUUCUGGAGGAAGAUCUUCACCAGAUUUCAGACGACGGAGGAGACACCCAGUCCGAACAUCCAGAAGAAAGCGAGAACGAACAUGAUAUACAAACCAGAGAUGAUACUCCACAUGAAGAAUACAAAUCUAGUCAUGAUCUGAAUUCAGAAUAA